AUGAUCCUCCAGAGCGACUACUUUGGAGUGGAGAGGACUUCCCAGGUCCGGGCCAUGCCCAGAUCAGGAGCUCCAGAGCAAUCGAGAUCGCUACUCAUGACAGUGUGCCGGCAGAAGCUGGAGAUUCCCAAAUCGGAGGACGCGAUGGAGCACUCGGCCAAAUUUGCCGCGCGAGACAAGCCUCGCAAGCUCCGGGAUCAGCAUUCUUGCAGCUCGACCACCAUCGGCAGCGCCGGCGGCCUCGAUUCCUUGCGAUGCGACGUCCGGAUGCUGGAAGAUCGAUCAAACCCAUCGUCUUUGGAUGUGGAGGCGUGUGGAGUGCUGCUGAGAAGGUGCGCUCUCCACAGGGCUCUCGAGGAGGGCAAGCGCCUCCACCGGCAAAUCGUCGCGAGCCGCGAGAGUGGCAACACUUUCCUCGUGAAUCUCGUCGUGCUCAUGUAUGGCAGCUGCGGUAGGAUCCACGACGCACUCCAGGCCUUCCACUCGAUCGAUCCUCGCAAUGCCCACUCGUGGAACAUCAUGAUUGCAGCAUUUGCCCAGAAUGGGCAUCCGCGCGAGGCGCUGGAUCUCUACUGGAAGAUGGACCCGGGGCUGAGUCGAUCGAGCGUGAGCUACUGUGCGGCGCUGGGGCUGUGCGCCAAGCUGGGCGCCAUCGCCGACGGGAGGAAGAUCCACGAGAGCGUGCGAGGGACGGUGUUUGAGAGCUAUGGCGGCGCUGGAAGCGUGGGGAUCGCGCUCGUCAACAUGUAUGGGAAGUGCGCGUGCCCGGAAGAGGCCAGGAUUGUCUUCGACAAGCUCCGCCACCGAUCAAACGUCUGCUGGAACGCGAUGAUCUCAGCCUACGCGCAGAACCAGCGGGGAUCCCAAGCGAUCGAUCUCUUCCGGCGUAUGGAUCACGAGGGGAUGGACUUCACCGCCAUCACCUUUGUUAGCGUCAUCGAUGCCUGCGCGAAGGAGAAGCUCUCCGCAAGCCGCGAGCUCCUGGCGCGGCAGAUCCACGCUCGCGCUGCGCAGCGCGGUCUCCUUCCUGGCGACGUGAUCGUCGGCAGUGCGCUCGUCAACAUGUAUGGCAAGUGGGGGAUGAUCCGCGACGCGCAAGCGCUCUUCGACUUGAUGGAGCGGAGGAACUGCUUCACCUGGUCGGGGAUGAUCGCGGCCUACGCGCAGAUCGGCCAGCCCCGGCGCGCGCUGGAGCUCUUUCGAUCCAUGGACGUGAGACCCAACAACGUGACGCUCAUCAGCGUGCUAGACGCAUGCACGCAGCUGGGCGACGCUGCCACUGCCAGGAUCGUCCGCGAGCUCUUCGAUCGAUCACGAGAAGAGGGCAUCGAUCGGGAUGGUACCGGCGCCAUCACUCUCGGCAACGCGCUCAUCAACUUCUACGCCAAGGUUGGCGACUGGGAGCUCGCGCGCGAGAUCUUCGAGAGGAUGCCGCGCAAGAGCGUCGUCACCUGGACGUCGAUGCUCUCGGCCUACGCGCGCAAUGGCCACUCCGCGCAAGCGCUCGAGCUCUUCCACCGCAUGGAAGGAUUCGAGCUGCAGUCACACCCGGUGACGAUCAUCAGCGCGCUUGACGCCUGCGCGGACGGAGCCGGAUCGCUGAAGGAGGGGCGGCGGAUCCACCAGCAGCUCCUCCAGAGCGGGAUCAAGCCCGACGGCGCGGUCGCCAACGCUGUGAUCAGCAUGUAUGGCAAGAGCGGCAGUGUAAGCGAGGCCUGGGAGGUGUUCGCGGCCAUGACUGAUCGAAGCGUGGUCUCGUGGACGUCCAUCUUGGCUGCGUUUGCCGAGCACCAAUCCAUCGACGAGGCGUUCGCGAUCCAGAGGAUGAUGUGCCAGGAGGGGAUGGAUCCCGACGAUGUCACCUUCAUAAGCCUGCUCUUCGCUUGCAGCCACGCCGGGAAGCUCGAGCAAGGCCGCGAGGUGUUCUUGGCGAUGGUGGCGGACUUUGACACGAGGCCGAUGGUGGAGCACUACCGGUGCAUGGUGGACUUGCUGGCCAGGACGGGGAGGUUGGCGGAGGCGGAGGAGCUGGUGCGGAGGAUGCCCGGCGGCGCUGACCUCGUGUGCUGGUCAACGCUGCUCAACGGGUGUAAGCUCCAUGACAACGAGGAGCACGCCAAGAGGGCCGCGGAUGGCCUGUCGGUUGCCACGCCCGGCAGCUCCGGGGCUUUUGUGCUGCUGGCCCAGAGCCUGUGCGCCAAGGAAUCUUCCAAGGCCCGUUGA